GGGGAGGGGCGGGGCGUGGCCGCCGUGAGGACGUGGCGGCCGCCAUUGCGGUGGCGAUGAGGAGCGGCGGCAGAGCCGCCCAGCGGAGAAUGGCCGGCAGAGGCGGCGGGUGCGGCCCGCAGCCGCCCGCCCCCGGCCACCCGUACCCCUCGGAGGGCGAGGGGCCGGAGGAGGAGGAGGAGGAGGAGGAGGAGGAAGAAGAAGAGGAGGUGUCGGAACUGCGGCCGCGGGGCAGGGAGAAGGUGCGGAGGAGCGCGUCGCGGGAGCGGCUGGACGGCAUCGUCCUGCUGACGAAGGACGUGGAGGAAGGGGACACUCUGAACGCCAUCGCGCUGCGGUACGGCUGCUCGGUUGCAGAUAUCAAGAGAGUUAACAAUCUUAUCAAUGAUCAAGAUUUUUUUGCCCUGAGGUCUGUCAAAAUUCCAGUGAAAAAGUUCAGUGUAUUGACGGAAACGCAUGUCUCUCCAAAAGGAAGACCAGUCCUUCGGCCUGCUCACUGUUCCCUGGAAACACAGGAAACACUGUCUUCUGAUAAAUUCUCUCCUAAUGAGACUGCUGGCAACUUCUUAAAAGAAGUGGAUCGAGAUAUAGAAGAAAUAGUUAAGUGUAAUGAUACAAAGAGAGAGAAUCUUAAUGAAGUUGUUUCUGCCUUAGCAGCUCAACAGGUCUGUUUUGAAACUGAUGGUAAAACUAAAAAAUGCAAGGAUCCUUACUACGGAGCAGAUUGGGGCAUAGGAUGGUGGACAGCUGUAGUGAUUAUGCUGAUUAUUGGCAUAGUAACUCCAGUUUUUUAUCUCCUGUAUUAUGAAGUUCUAGUGAAAGCAGAUGUCAGUCACCAUUCUACAAUGGAAUCUUCCCAUUUAUUUGUCACAGCAGCAUCGCAUCAGAAACAAAUAGAAAAUGGAGUAAAUCCAGCAAAUAUUAUAAAUGUUGAUAAUCAAGGAGACCUUCAGCCUUAACAAUGGAAAACCACAGUCAACUGUUGUUCAUAGACACGUAAAAUAGUAUUAGAUAAAGGGGAAACCACAGAAUGCAAAAUACGUCUGGAACGCACAGAAAAUGCAUCCUGAUGUGUGACUUGCCUUUACCGGCACCAUUCCAGUACAAGGAUGUUUCUGUGAAUCAUGUAAUCUCUGAAUAUGCCUGAGACAGGUGAUUUUAAUGUAAGACUGGGAUAUAAAUUAAGGUAUAAAAUUGCCUCUGAAGCUUUGCACUUUUUUCUAUUUUGAUAGGCAUAUGUUUUUUAAUUAAUGAUGAGGUGAAAAAAUGUAGUUUGAACUAACACAUGAGGAGUCUCACUGUACGUUUUACAGCCCUAAAAUGGGCAUUUGGGGAUAUGUAACUUUUAAACAUCUUAAAGUAUUUAUAGAAUGCAUAGUACACUUGACAUUUUAAUAUCAGGUUUACAGUUGUCAGUUAAAACUGUGUUCUCAUAAUUUUAUUUUUCUUAUAGAGUAAGGUGGUUUUUUAAAAAACCCAGUCAUUCCAUAAUUAAUUGCCACUAUGAAGUUCUUUUUUAAAAGUGACUUUUAUAGAGGCAGCAGCUAAUAGUUAAGCUAGAAUCUUAAAAUCUUGUGCUUGUAGUCAACCCAUUCUUUAGUACUUUUCAGUAUAGGCAGUAGGAUAAUAUGUUUUCUGCACGUGUGACAGCGUGCCUCAACACGGUCCAGUUGGGAGAGUCAUGCUGAAACUUCAUAUCCUUCCAUGGUAUCCUACUGAAAACUGACUGGGCUGGAGUGCACUUCUCAGCUGUGUGUAGGAAGGAAGAAGUGCAGAUGUGUGGCACCUUGCUGUGACUGCUUCAGUAGUCUUUAUUUUAUGCUGAUGGAUUUUUUUUUUUUCCCCCUCCACUUAAUCUCAGUUCAGGACCAACUGAUUCUUCAGACAGCAGUCAUGUGGGUACUGAGAAUGCUUAUGAUUGUGUGCCCAUGAACCUCAAACACUAACUUUUUCCUGAAAUCUCCUAGAAAACUUCAAAUGAGAUUUAAUGGCUGCUAGCAAGAAACUGAAAUUGCAGCAGAAUAGACCAGUUGCAGCUUCAGACUUGUUCUUUAUGUAGUAGUGCAUUCAUCAACCACUCUGUUCCUGAAUGUUUCACUUGGGGUUUCGCGAACAACCUUGGUUUUCCUCUGUUUUCUUUCCUACCUGAAAAUGCUACAAGAUACACAAAAAACCUCUGGACUCUUCCUACAGAAAGAAAGAGGUACUUGUGUACUUGGAAUUUUUUUAAAUAAAAACUGAGAUGCUGCCUGUAACUUUUUUGUUAUAUUUGCUUUCUGGAGUAAGAUUUCCAUUGCCCUGUUCAAAGUACCAUUUGUUGCCAAAGUCCAAGAUAACUGACUUGAAUCGGAUUUACAAAGUGAGACAUAAAAAAAUAACCACUGUCCUUUAAACUGCUAUGAUGAGCUUUCCUUUGAGUGACUUGACUAAGUAUAUAUGCUAUUAAAAAAAACCUGAUAAUGUUUCCAAGCUGUUGGAGGUAUUCCAAAGUGCUUUAUCACCUUAAAUUUUGAAAGUAAAGACUCACACCCCGUGUUCACUGGCAUGCCAAGUGUAUGAAGAUGAAUUGGAUAACUUUUAAUGUAUUAUAUUGAAAUUAAAGCAGGCCGAAGCUUGAAGGGAAAUGCUGUGCAGUUGGAUCUGUGAACUGUGAUCUGUAGGUCUUGAACCCUUUGAUCAAAGCAGUAUUGCUGGAGAUAGCAAGACUACUCAAUAGUUUCCACACUAGAAGAGGGAUUGCAAAUGGGCAUGGACUUAAUGUUUCACAUAACACUUGUUUUCAAAGAUCGUUUAAAAUAAUAUUUUUUUCCCUUAAAAGAAUCUGCCAAUAACACAAGUAUGAAUAUUGAAGUACCACUGCUAGGUAAGGCUGUAGGAAAAAUUGCAUUGUAAAAUAAUUUAUGGUGGCUAAAGUGAUACAGCUUCUGUGGCUAGAACUUUAAAAGGUGACUUGCUCUAGUCCAGGAAACAGACUGAAACUUGGUACAUAAUGUCAGUGUUUUGCUGCAAGCUUAUUACUGGUUGGCUUCUUUCCCUCUCAUUCUGUUUCUGAAACCUCAACAUUUUUCAUACUUUAUCCUUCCAUUUGUUACAAAAUUCUUAAAGAACAUGAAAUUAGCUAUUGUGAUGAUGCAGCAUAAGCCUAAUUUACUGCACGUACCUGAGCUGAUGGUAUUAAAUUGCCCUCAGUAUAGAAGUGAGCUUGAGUUGUGGUUUGACUGUGGGGAGGGUUUCUGUCCUGUUGGUGUAGGAGUAGAGGUUGGUUGGUUGUCGCCCUGGGGUGGUACAGCUGAAUAGUUUUCCAGUGUGUCUCAGGCUUUGGCCGACUGUUAAGUGUGGUGGGCCUUUAUUCACCUUAGGAUAAGCAGUCAUUAGAAAAACACAAAGGGAUAGCUGUUUUAUUGGACCGUAUUAUACUCUUAACUAAAAGCCUAGCAUGUUUUUACUAUUUUAUGAUGUAGCAUAUUUCACAUAGCAUAUUUUUAAUUUAGAGAGUUAACUUAAUCAAGAUACAAUAGGUCUCUUUCCAAGAUUAUAGGACUCCAGGUACUGGCGAGCUACAAGCAUCAGCUGGCUUGCCUUGCUGCAGGAUGCAGGGAUCUUUACUGUUUUUUCCAAAGUACAACACAACUGGCAAUGCAUCAUUGCAUGUCAGCCCUGAAUAAACAGGGUAACUGCUCAGUUAUGGAACUGAAAUCUGAUUUAAGUUAAAAUCUGUCAAGUUAGUCUUUUAGAAACUGACUUGUUUAAAACCCAACAAAACAGAGUGGUAAAUCAUUUUUUAGAUUAAUUACAACACAUUGUUGAUCAGGAAGUUGGUUUUAAACCUCGAGUGCAUAUUGCACUGUUGGAUCAUGUAAAAUGUAAAUGCUUUAAAUCUGCUAUAUGUUGGAGUAUGUCUCAAAUAGUGACAGUGACAAAUAGUCUUUGUAUAACUAUUUUAUAAAGGCUGAAAAUAAAACUUGUAAAAUAAUCCUGAAUGAGGAUGCAAGCCUUGUAAAUAGUCCUGCUCCCCAGCUUUUAGAGGAACACAAUAUACAUAAUAUAGAGACUGUGUUUUAGACUGCAGUGAAAGUGGUACAUGUAAUGUAUUCUUAGCUCUAGAUGCUUUGAGUGUUUUAUUGCAGGAGGCCACCACUUGUAUUUGUUUUGGCUGGUUUUUAUGUAUGAUCUAAAAUAAAGAUCCUUGUCCAACAAGUAUUUUGUUGGCAGUAGCUGCAUGCAGCAUUGACAUCCACCAUACCACAACUGGAGCCUUAAUGGUUUAUCCUGUGCAUGCCUUGUAGAACUUGGAACUUUUCUGCACAAAGUUUUGAGAAUUCGUUAAUUCUGAAAAAUGAGGAUUAAGAAAUAGGCAUGAAAAAUUAAGGUACAGAUCAGUAAAGUUCUUAGAUGGUGAUCUCCCUACACACUAAAAGCAGUGCCUUCCUGUAUGAAGUUGCAAUGUUCUGCUAUGCUGUUAAGAUAGGAUUUGAAUAUAUGCCUGUCCAAACCCAAAGAUUGCCGAGACCAAAAGAACAGUCUAAGUUUUAUCAGCAUUAUGGUCUUGCAAUAAAUUGUAAGCAAUUGGAAAAUCAGUUUAUAAAAACAGCUGCAAGUGUUGGGCCUCUGGAACAGCACCACCUCAUUUCACCUCAGCACAGAGCUGUAUCAUUGCGGAACUCUGCGUGUUCAGAAGCACUGGCCUUACUUGCCAUUGUUGAACUAGUCCUAGAGGAUCCAUCCUAAGAUUUUGUGGUUCCAUCUGGAGGAAAGAGGUGACCAUAGUUCACCCUUUUGAGGUCUCAGAGACCUGAUUUCUGCAGGAGUAGUAUUUCUCAACAGUACAGCAGGGAGGCAGUUGUCUGCCAUUAGCAGUAUGACAAAUGAAGAAAGUCACCGGUCCUCAAGAAUUACUGUCUGCUACAAAAUAAGGUAUUGUAGCUGUUCAGGCAAGCCAGAGCUUGUGACCAUAUUGUGACUUGUGCAGUAAUGCUUUUCCAGCGUUAAUUCUCUAGUUCUGUCUUUGGCAAAGCCAUCCAUUUGCAUUCCUUGUGUGAGAGGUGAGAAGUCUCAUUGUUUACCUUGCAUAGGGGGGAACAGCUAGUAGAAGAUAAUUCUAGUUAUACCCAAGGCAAGUGAAAUUAAUUUUUAAGAUGCUUACCUUGUUCACAUCUGUCUCCCUCUUGUGUAUCACAUGCAAUAAACAGGCACACCAACUCAAGUAACAACUGCUGACCUAUGUGAUGUUAAAGGAAAAUGAACAGACAGAACACACUUCAUAUGCAAUGCAGAAGAAUGUUUAUUAAACCUUAUUUCUAUAUGUUGGAACACUUAAAAAUAAAAUUGGUAUAACUCUGAAGUGUGGCCUGCAUAGCAUUUUAGUUUAAUUUCUUUUACAUCUGAUGGGUAUUUUAUCAGAAUACUUAAAAGCUACACCUUAGGGAACUAAUUAUUAUUGCAUACAGAAGUUCAUAGAAUAAUGCAGUACUGUUUUGCAGUCACCAGUGAGGUAAAGGAGUGCUUUACAGAAAACCAAACUUGCAAGGAAAACUUGUGUAGUUUCCUUUGCUAAAAAAAUAAAAUAGUUUUAACACUGUUCUUUCAUUAGACCUGAUAACAGCGCUACUUACAAGGAUCGGGAUGUUUUAAGAAAGUAAAUAUCCCACAAAACAACAACCCUGAUCAAUAGUAAUAUAAUAACACUGACUAAUAUUUUGUGCCAUCAAAGGACAACAGGACACACAGAAUGCUCUGUCAUGGUGUUCUUCAAAUAUUGAAUCUCAGGAAUAAGUUUUCUACGCUUCAGCUGUUGGUUCUUAAAUAAAAUUGAUGUUUCCAAACA